AUGACUCUCAUCACCAUCCUCAUCUGGACGCUGGCCUGCUGCUGUUUUACAGGAUGCAGCGGUCAGGUGACUGUGACUCAGCCUCCAGUAGAGACAUCUACUCCAGGAUCCACCGUCUCGCUCACCUGUAAGACCAGCCAAGCUGUUUACAAAUACAGUGGUGGAGAGUGGGGUAUGUUCUGGUAUCAACAGAAAUCUGGAGAGAGUCCAAAGCUCCUAAUAAGAUAUGUGAGCACACGUGAAUCAGGAACAGCAGCUCGGUUUAGUGGCAGUGGAAGCAGCUCUGACUUCACUUUGACCAUCAGUGGAGUUCAGACUGAAGACGCAGCAGUUUAUUACUGUCAGAGUCUCCAUCAAAUAAACAGUGCUUGGGUGUUCACACAAGAGUCUGAACUGUUUUCAUGCACUCACACUGAAAACUGCAUCAGGAUGAUGUUGUCAAUAACUCUGAUUGUCGUGUUGGGUUUUCUGAGUCAGGAGACUUCUGCAAACAAAUUUCUGACUCAGGCUGACAAAUCCAAGUCUGUUAGUGUUGGAGGGACCGUGAGCAUCAGCGCCACAGGGAGUUCAGAUAUUGCUGCUGAUCUCAGUUGGUACCUUCAGAAACCUGGACAGGCUCCCAAACUCCUUAUAUACUCUACAUCAACUCUCUUCUCAGGGACUGCGUCUCGAUUCAGUGGCAGUAGAUCUGGUUCUCACUACACUUUAACCAUCACAGGUGUUCAGACUGACGAUGCUGGAGAUUACUACUGUCUGGGCUACCAUAGUGGCAAUGUGUUCACACAGUGA